AUGGGACAGGCAAUCAUUGCCGGCCUGCUGAACAAAGGUUUCCCCAAGAGCCAAAUCACCGUCUCGGAGCCAUGGGAAGUCAACCGCCAGAAGAUGGCUGAUCUGGGUGUGAAUGUCACCACGGACAAUUUGGAGGCGGCCGGCUCGGCCAACAUCGUGAUCUUGGCCGUCAAGCCUCAAGUUGUCAAGACGGUCUGCGAAGAGCUCGCUUCGUCCAGCUACUCCUCCGACAAGUCACUUCCUCUGCUUGUAUCUAUUGCUGCCGGAGUUACCGGUGCAAGCCUCAAGAAGUGGAGCACGACAAAGGAUGGAAAGUCGCUGCCGAUUGUGCGAGUGAUGCCCAACACACCAGCACUGUUGGGUGAGGGUGCCAGCGGUGUCUAUGCAGCAGAAGAGGUCACCGAGGAGCAGAAAUCGCAAGUCAACGCUCUGCUGAAGAGUGUGAGCCGUGCCACAGAAUGGGUCGACAGGGAGGAUCUCCUUGACGUGGUCACUGGACUUUCAGGCAGUGGCCCGGCCUACAUCUUUGCUUUUGCAGAGCACCUCAUUGCCAGUGCCACCAAACUGGGUCUCUCAGAGGAGCAGGCAACGCGAUUGGCAACCCAGACCUGCUUGGGCGCUGGUAGGAUGCUCGUUGAGGCGUCUGAGCAGCCGGCUCAGCUUAGGAAGAAUGUGACGAGCCCAAAUGGCACCACACAAGCGGCAUUGGAGAGCUUCGAGGCUUCUGGCUUUGCUGCUAUUGUCGACAAGGCUGUCAAGGCGGCUGUGUCUAGAAGCGAGGAACUUGGUCGCGCAUAG